AUGGGGCUCACCUGGGGACUCGGCGUCCUGUUCCUGUUGCAUGCGUGUGGCUCCAGCCGCAUUCCAGAGUCCAGGGGAGACAACAGCGUGUUUGACGUCUUCGAGCUCACCGGGACCUCCCGCAAGGGCCCUGGGCUCCGGCUGGUGAAGGGUCCUGACCCUUCCAGCCCAGCCUUCCGCAUCGAGGAUGCCAACCUGAUCCCCCCGGUGCCCGACCACAAGUUCCAAGACCUGGUGGACGCCGUGCGUGCGGAGAAGGGCUUCCUCCUGCUGGCCUCCCUGAGGCAGAUGAAGAAGACCCGGGGCACGCUGCUGGCCGUGGAGCGGAAGGACCACUCCGGCCAGGUCUUCAGCGUGGUCUCCAACGGCAAAGCCGGCACCCUGGACCUGAGCGUGGCCGUGCAGGGCAAGCAGCAAGUGGUGUCGGUGGAAGAGGCACUCCUGGCCACCGGCCAGUGGAAGAGCAUCACCCUGUUCGUGCAGGAGGACCGGGCCCAGCUGUACAUCGACUGCGAGAAGAUGGAGAGUGCCGAGCUCGAUGCCCCCAUCCAGAGCAUUUUCACCAGGGACCUGGCCAGCAUUGCCAGACUCCGCGUCGCCAAAGGGGGUACCAACGACAACUUCCAGGGGGUGCUGCAGAACGUGCGGUUUGUCUUUGGAACCACACCAGAAGACAUCCUGAGGAACAAAGGCUGCUCCAGCUCUACCAAUGCCAUCCUCACCCUGGACAACAACGUGGUGAACGGGUCCAGCCCCGCCAUCCGCACCAACUACAUUGGCCACAAGACAAAGGACCUGCAGGCCAUCUGUGGCAUCUCCUGUGACGAGCUGUCCAGCAUGAUCCUGGAACUGAGGGGCCUGCGCACCAUCGUGACCACGCUGCAGGACAACAUCCGCAAAGUGACGGAAGAGAACAAAGAGCUGGCCAAUGAGCUGAGGCGGCCCCCACUCUGCUACCACAACGGCGUUCAGUACAGGAAUAACGAUGAGUGGACUGUGGAUAGCUGCACCGAGUGCCGCUGUCAGAACUCAGUUACCAUCUGCAAAAAAGUGUCCUGCCCGAUAAUGCCCUGCUCCAAUGCCACAGUUCCUGACGGAGAAUGCUGCCCACGGUGUUGGCCCAGCGACUCCGCGGACGAUGGCUGGUCCCCGUGGUCCGAGUGGACCUCCUGCUCGGCCACCUGCGGCAACGGGAUCCAGCAGCGCGGCCGCUCCUGCGACAGCCUCAACAACCGGUGCGAGGGCUCCUCCGUCCAGACGCGGACCUGCCACAUCCAGGAGUGCGAUAAGCGAUUUAAGCAGGAUGGCGGCUGGAGCCAUUGGUCCCCGUGGUCAUCGUGCUCUGUGACGUGUGGUGAUGGCGUGAUCACAAGGAUCCGGCUCUGCAACUCGCCCAGCCCCCAGAUGAACGGGAGACCGUGUGAAGGCCAAGCCCGGGAGACCAAGGCCUGCUCCAGAGACGCCUGCCCAAUUAACGGAGGCUGGGGUCCCUGGUCACCGUGGGACAUCUGCUCGGUCACCUGUGGAGGAGGGAUGCAGACACGCAGCCGGCUCUGCAACAACCCUGCCCCCCAGUUUGGAGGCAAGGACUGCGUUGGCGAUGUGACAGAAAACCAGAUCUGCAACAAGCAGGACUGCCCCAUUGACGGAUGCCUGUCCAACCCCUGCUUUGCUGGGACCAAGUGCACCAGCUACCCUGAUGGCAGCUGGAAGUGUGGCGCUUGCCCCCCGGGCUACGGCGGAGAUGGCAUCCACUGCCAAGACAUUGACGAGUGCGCCCUGGUGCCCGACGCCUGCUUCAGCCACAACGGCGAGCACAGGUGCGAGAACACGGACCCCGGCUACAACUGCCUGCCCUGCCCUCCGCGCUUCACCGGCCCGCAGCCCUUCGGCCGGGGCGUGGAGCAGGCCACCGCCAACAAGCAGGUGUGCAAACCCCGCAACCCUUGCACGGACGGGACCCACGACUGCAACAGCAACGCCAAGUGCAACUACCUGGGCCACUACAGCGACCCCAUGUACCGCUGCGAGUGCAAGCCCGGCUACGCGGGCAACGGCAUCAUCUGCGGGGAGGACUCCGACCUGGACGGCUGGCCCAACGAGGACCUGGUGUGCGUGGCCAACGCAACCUACCACUGCAAGAAGGAUAACUGCCCCAACCUUCCCAACUCCGGGCAGGAGGACUACGACAAGGACGGAAUCGGCGAUGCCUGUGACGACGACGAUGACAAUGAUAAAAUUCCAGAUGACAGGGACAACUGUCCGUUCCAUUACAACCCAGCCCAGUAUGACUACGACAGAGACGACGUGGGCGACCGCUGUGACAACUGCCCCUACAACCACAACCCUGACCAGGCCGACACGGACAAAAACGGGGAGGGAGACGCCUGCGCUGUCGACAUCGACGGGGACGGUAUCCUCAAUGAGCGAGACAACUGCCAGUAUGUCUACAAUGUGGACCAGAAGGACACCGACAUGGAUGGGGUUGGAGAUCAGUGUGACAACUGCCCUCUGGAACAUAAUCCAGACCAGCUUGACUCUGACUCGGACCUCAUUGGAGACACCUGUGACAACAAUCAGGAUAUUGACGAAGAUGGCCACCAGAACAACCUGGACAACUGUCCCUAUGUGGCCAACGCCAACCAGGCCGACCACGACAAAGAUGGCAAGGGAGACGCCUGCGACCAUGAUGACGACAAUGACGGCAUUCCCGACGACAGGGACAACUGCAGGCUCGUGCCCAAUCCUGAUCAGAAGGACUCCGACGGUGAUGGUCGAGGUGAUGCUUGCAAAGAUGACUUUGACCAAGACAGUGUGCCAGACAUCGAUGACAUCUGUCCUGAAAACAUUGAUAUCAGUGAGACCGAUUUCCGCCGAUUCCAGAUGAUUCCUCUGGACCCCAAAGGGACAUCCCAAAACGACCCUAACUGGGUGGUACGCCAUCAGGGCAAAGAGCUUGUCCAGACUGUCAACUGUGAUCCUGGACUUGCUGUGGGUUAUGAUGAGUUUAAUGCUGUGGACUUCAGCGGCACCUUCUUCAUCAACACCGAAAGGGACGAUGACUAUGCCGGGUUUGUGUUUGGCUACCAGUCCAGCAGCCGCUUCUAUGUUGUGAUGUGGAAGCAGAUCACCCAGUCCUACUGGGACGUCAACCCCACCAGGGCUCAGGGGUACUCGGGCCUCUCGGUGAAAGUCGUGAACUCCACCACCGGGCCUGGCGAGCACCUGCGGAACGCGCUGUGGCACACUGGCAACACCCCUGGCCAGGUGCGCACCCUGUGGCAUGACCCUCGUCACAUUGGCUGGAAAGAUUUCACCGCCUACAGGUGGCGUCUCAGCCACAGGCCAAAGACUGGCUUCAUUCGAGUGGUGAUGUAUGAAGGGAAGAAAAUCAUGGCCGACUCGGGACCCAUCUACGACAAAACCUAUGCUGGUGGUAGGCUAGGGCUGUUUGUCUUCUCUCAAGAAAUGGUGUUCUUCUCCGACCUGAAAUACGAAUGCAGAGAUUCCUAA